GAUCUUCCAACAGAUAACUGUUCUCAGUCCCACUGGCAUGUUAUUACGAUACAAAAGUAGUUGAGGAGUUGAGCUUCUCAACCAAACCAUCUUAAAAUCUGUUACCAGACACCUCAUCCCACGUUAAAUCUCCUACUCAGUAAUUAACUAACACAUCCUUAAAAUAUUCCUUUUCGAUCUCUGAAUUUUGCACUCUUGUUUCUUCGUCUAGUCCUAGAUCUCUCUUCAUGGCUGGGUUUUUCUCACUUCUAAGGCGCCUCUAUCUCUCCCUUUACAAUUGGACCGUUUUGUUUGGAUGGUGUCAAGUUCUGUAUUUUGUUCUCAAAACGUUGAACGAAUCGGGUCAUGAGCAUGUUUACGAUGCAGCAGAAAAGCCUCUGCUUUUUUCUCAAACAGCUGCUGUGCUAGAGAUUCUUCAUGGUUUAGUAGGACUGGUGAGAUCUCCAAUAACAGCGACGUUGCCACAGAUAAGUUCAAGGCUGUUCUUGACUUGGGGCAUUUUAUGGAGUUUUCCUGAGACUCAGUCUCAUGUGCUUGUUACCUCCCUACUAAUCAGCUGGUCCAUCGCAGAGAUCAUUCGGUAUUCUUUCUUUGGAUUCAAAGAGACUUUUGGAUUUACUCCAUCAUGGCUUUUGUGGCUUAGAUACAGCAGCUUCAUAGUUUUGUAUCCAACAGGCAUAAGCAGUGAAAUUGGCCUAAUAUACAUCGCACUACCGUUCAUCAAGGCUUCUGAGAAGUAUUGCAUAAGGAUGCCAAACAAAUGGAACUCGUCAUUUGAUUACUUUUAUGCUGCCAUUGCUGCACUGGGAAUCUACGUUCCAGGUACUCCUCACUUGUAUACAUACAUGCUUGCACAGAGAAAGAGAGCUCUCUCCAAAUCCAAGAGAGAGUAAUGCAAUAUAUGUAGUUUACAUUGAUUUGGGGUCAAACUUAGGACAUACAUAGGUCAUGUCUUGGUUUGAAUCCACAUACAGAGGCACCUCGGAAACAAUUGAUUUUCUUGUUAAUGUGUAUCAUUGAAAGGCAGCAUGCCAGAGAUAGAUAAACUAAUGUAUUUGCUUUUCGGUAACAUGGUGCAGUGUAGCUUCCUAUAGUUGUCUGUUUCUCAAUCAUAUGCUAUAGAUGUUUAACAUCAAAUAAUAAAUCAGUGAGGUUUUUCUUUAGGGGAGACA